AUGAAGCCCAAGCGCGGGUACCACCAAGGGGUGGUCAACAAGCCCAUGAGCAUACUGAAAAAUGUGAGUGACGCGAUAGGGAAAAAGAAAAGCAGCACCACCCAAGGGGGAAACGGUAGCAGGCACAUCAGCACGUCCAAGGUAAAAAGCGGAAACAAAAUGAACAUGAUACUGUAUAAGAAGCACGGGCAGCACCUGCUCAAGAAUCCAGGUAUAUUAGAUAAAAUUUUAUUAGCCGCAAAAAUAAAGAGUUCCGAUGUGGUGCUUGAAAUAGGAUGCGGUACAGGAAACUUAACAGUGAAAUUAUUACCAAUAGCGAAAAAAGUGAUCACCAUAGAUAUCGACGCCAGAAUGGUAACUAACAUUCCAUAUAAAAUAUCCAGUCCUCUCAUUUUCAAAUUAAUUGCACACAGACCAUUAUUCAAAUGUGCAGUGUUAAUGUUUCAAAAAGAAUUUGCAGAGAGAAUGCUAGCCAAUGUAGGGGAUAGCAACUACAGCAGGUUGACAGUAAAUGUUAAGCUAUUUUGCAAAGUUGUAAAAAUAUGCAAUGUGGAUCGAAGUAGUUUUAAUCCCCCCCCAAAAGUUGAUAGUGUCAUUUUGAAACUUAUCCCAAAGGAAAAUAAUUUCUUUGUCAAUUUUGAUGAAUGGGAUAAUUUGCUAAGAAUUUGUUUUAGCAGAAAACGAAAAACGCUGCAUGCCAUUUUUAAGAGAAAUGCAGUUUUAAAUAUGCUCGAACAUAAUUACAAGAAUUUUUGUACCUUUAACAAAAUCGUACCUGUUAAUUUUCCUUUUAAAAAAUACUGCCUCGAUACUCUGAAGGAGCUGGACAUGACUGAAUGCAGGAGUGUCAGUUUGGAUGAAAAUGACUUUUUAAAACUCCUGCUCAAGUUUAACCAAAAGGGAAUUCAUUUUUUUAAUAUUUCCAAUGUGGGCAACUCACGGGCGGCCAAUAUUCUGCUCAACGACGAGGAUGCCGCGGACAGUGCAGACAGCGCAGACGGCGGCGACAGCGACGGUUACGAUAAUGUGGACAACGUCCACGAGCAGGUGUAA